AUGACACCUCAAGUUGAGCGCGUGCAUCCCCUGCGUGCAUUGAGCGAGAAUGAAAUCCUCAAGGCUUCCGCCAUUGCCAAGCGAAUCUUUCAAGAAAAGAUCAAUGACGCACAAAAGGAGAUUCGGUUCAAGCACAUUACACUCUCUGAGCCUCCCAAGUCCUUCCUGAUGCCAUAUUUGGAUGCUGAAAUGCGCUCAAAUAGGGACGAAGUCAUCAAGUUCAACCACGUCAUCUUAUCCCACCCUGAGGUUUUGGCUGCCAUCAGCAAGUUGGGAUUACACCCUGACAUGACCGUUCAAUGCGACACUUGGCCGUUUGGAGCAGAUAAAGACUGCAGCUCGAGUACUCCGCGUCUGGUCCAGGCUAUGCUUUACGCUCGCGCCUCGCACAACCAUCCGGAGAGUAAUCAGUAUUCGUUUCCUCUUCCGAUUUCGCCUGUCAUCGAUUCGGCUGAUUUCAGACUCAUUCGUAUCGAUCCUCUUCCUACCGGCGGCAUUGAAGAUGGGGCAGCCUGUUUCACAGCACCAGACGCUCCUCUCGCCCAUUGUGUUGAGAAUGAAUAUCAUCCAGAUCUCUUGAAUGUCAAGCUUCGUGACGAUCUCAAACCAUUGAUAAUUCAACAGCCCGAGGGGCCUAGCUACAAAGUCGAAGACGGGAAUUGCGUAUCUUGGCAGAAAUGGAAACUCCGCGUCGGCUUCAACUGGCGCGAGGGUAUGACCAUUCAUGAUGUGAGAUACGACGGGCGAAAACUGUUUUACCGACUCAGCAUGAGUGAGAUGACUGUGCCGUACGGCGACCCGAGAUUUCCCUACCAUCGCAGACAGGCAUUCGAUCUUGGUGAUGCUGGUGCGGGCCUGACAGCAAAUAACUUGAGCCUUGGCUGCGACUGCUUGGGAUCUAUUACCUACUUCGAUGCAUUACUGACCGAUUCGGCUGGAGAGCCCUACGCAGCUCCCAAUGUCAUUUGUCUACACGAGGAGGACGGAGGCAUUGGAUGGAAGCAUACCAAUGCUAGGACGGACGUCGCUGCAGUCACGCGCGCUCGCAUUCUCGUUCUCCAGAGUAUCAUCACGGUUGGGAAUUAUGAAUAUGCGUUUUCUUGGCACUUUUGGCAGAACGGGAAUAUCGAAUUUGAGACCAGAGCAACUGGAAUUCUUGCUACAAGUCUCAUCGACGAAGGAAAGACAAGCCACUGGGGCAAUGUUGUUUCUCCAGGCGUCUUGGCAGCUAACCACCAGCACCUUUUCUGCCUGCGCGUCGAUCCCAUGAUUGAUGGUCUCGAGAAUACUGUCGUCCAAGAGGAGUCUAUCCUAUGUGCUGACGCCGAGGAGAACCCAUAUGGCAAUGCAUGGAAAUUGAGCAAGACCUACGUGGAGAAGAGUGGUUUCAUGGAUGCUGCUCCCGAGAAGAACCGAGUCUUCAAGAUCGUCAACGAGAAGAAGCUCAAUCCGAUUUCCAAAAACCCCGUCGGCUUCAAGAUUGUGCCGCAGCCGGCACAGCUGCUCAUAGCUCACAAGGAUUCAGUUGUUCGCAAGCGCGCCCGCUUCGCAGAACACCAUGCCUGGGUGACUAGAUAUCGGGAUGGCGACCUCUGGGCUGGUGGCAAAUGGACAAACCAAAGCAUGAUAGAAAAGAAUGGUGUUGCCGACUACGCGGCGAGGAAUGAGAAUGUCCGCGGCGAGGAUUUGGUCUUCUGGACUAUUUACGGACUGACGCAUAACCCUCGCGUCGAGGAUUACCCUGUCAUGCCGGUCGAGAUCGUCACCGUUACACUCAAGCCGGCGGAUUUCUUCGAUCGCAAUCCUGCUCUUGACGUUCCGCCUAGCACUCAAGCUGUUAACAAAAGUGUUUUGGUGGCCCCAGGCGGCCCUCCAAGGGCGGAUGAACAAGUCGUCUGUUGUCGAUAA